AUGUCAGUGGCUCGUGUCUUACUCCAGUGUUGCACGUCAGGCAAAUUAAAAGUUCAACACGGUGAUACUACGGAGGUUAGUAUCGGCAAAGGUUUGAUAGCUUAUGUAGCCUUCCUGAAAGCGUGCAGUGAAGAUGAUAUACCGAAAAUAGUGGACGCAAUAUGUAACACACGUCUAAUUUCCGAACCGGAACGGCUGUGUUCCCUUCUGGAUUUACCUGGGGACCUGUUGCUUGUACCACACUUUUGUCUUGCCGGGAAGCUGAAACAGAAUUCUUUUCAAUACCAUAACGCCGCUAGUAAAGAUCAAUCGGAACUGCUGUACACCGCCUUAGUGAACAAUUGUGCAUCCUAUUUGAGUUCGUCCCCGGUUUGGUUUGAAUCAUGCAAAUUUUUCCAUGGGACUUUUGCCAUUCGCCAGGAUUUGUUGGUCGAGUCUCACGGCCCAUUCUUCCACGUAGUUGAUAUUUGA